GAACCGAAAUGUGAAGCAAAUCAUCUGGGGAACAAAAUCACGUAAGAUUGUAGGAACCGAUGGGGUGUAAAGAUGCGUGAGACAGCUCUCUUUCCAUGCAAAAGGCACCCGUUCCUCUUUCUCCUCCACUGGAUUUCACCGCCGGUCUGUUCUCGUUGAAAAGUCGUGGUGACACACAGGAAGAUGGAGGAGUGCAAAAGCAGCAUUGGGACUCUGAGUGAAGACGUUUUGAACAAGCUGGCGAAGAUGUUGGACAACUCGACCUGCGGAUGGAGGCAGCUGGCCAACGCGGUGUCCGAGCAACCGAAAUUCCGCUGCAGUGAGACUGAGCUGACCAGCUGCUCGCUGCAGGUGCUGAGCGCCACAGGCAGCCCGGGUCGAGCCCUCCUGGCUCGGCUAGCUGAUCGUUGCUGCUCCCUGGACUUCCUGCUCCACUGUCUGAGGAAGAUAGACCACCAGGAAGCUGUGCAAUACCUCACCACCAUGGUGACAGAGCUGAUCCAGAUCACAGUGCAGCCGCAGUCCCAGCAGGCCAUAGUUGGGGGCAGGUUGGUAUUGACCUGUAAAGCCUCUGGUCCCCCUGGACUUAGCUACCAGUGGUUCAAAAGCAACGAAGAGAUUUUGGAUGAGACAGGGAGUACACCAGAGCUGGUCCUGUGUCCUUUAGCCCCGGUCCACCAGGGCCACUAUAUCUGUAGGGUCAACCAUGGAGAAAACUUCAUUUUCUCCCAGUGGGCUCAGGUUCGGUUGGUCCACUCUGCAGGCUGCAGCAGCAGUCUGUUUCAAGGGUCCGUGAGCGGGUUGCUUAUCACCCAUCAGCCUCAGUCCCGAGCAGCGUCUGAAGGCGACACUCUUUUCCUGGAGUGCAAUGCAGAGGCCAACCCUCCUGCACAGUACGAGUGGUACCACAACAUGGUGCCCAUGAAACAACAAAACACACGUUCACUCAAGAUCCCAUGUGUGACCACAGCACACAGAGGACAGUACAAAUGCAAGGUGUUCAAUUUGUACCAUGAGGUGUGGACUGACGUAGCAACAGUUGUCAUUGGUCCCAGUUCCAUCACUGAUGCCUCCUGGGUAGAAGUUGAUCGUGGUCCAGACUCACAGGAAGUCCACAGGUCAGGAAUACAGCCGCUACAACAGAUGGUCAAUCCGCCGACGCCAGCCAAGCAUUUCCAUGCAACAGACAAAGUUGCUCUCCUGAUUGGCAACAUGAACUACCUCUACCACAAUCAACUGUGUGCACCCAUCGCUGACGUCCACGAGUUGACCAACCUGCUCAGACAACUGGAUUUCAAGGUGGUUUCCCUGCUCGACCUCAACUGUCAGGAGAUGCACAGCGCUGUUACAGAGUUCCUGUUGCUGCUUGACAAGGGAGUCUACGGCUUGCUAUACUUUGCUGGUCAUGGUUAUGAGAAUUACGGCAACAGUUUUAUGGUUCCCAUUGAUGCGCCCGCCUCCUACACGUCAGACCACUGUUUGUGUGUACAGAAUAUAUUGACCAGGAUGCAGGAGAAAGAGACGGGACUUAACGUAUUCCUGCUGGACAUGUGUCGCAAAAGAAACCCAAAUGAUGAUAUCAUUGUACAGCCAGGACUGAUUAAGGUGACAGCAAAUAUAGUGUUUGGAUAUGCCACGUGCGUAGACGCGGAGGCAUACGAAGUGAAGAGGGAAGACGUGUCAAAUGGCAUCUUCAUAAGCUUUCUCAAACGGCGAGUUUGUGAAGAUGAGAAGGUCACAGUCAUGCUAGACAGAGUGGCUGAAGACAUGGGUCGUUGUGACAUCACACGAGGGAGGCAGGCUCUGGAGCUACGCAGUAAUCUGUCUGAACGGCGUUCCCUCACCGACCAGAUUCAAACAGCAGAAUGUUCUGCAUCCUAUUCAGCACGAAACCUGCAGUGGGCUGUUGCUCAUGUUCUACCUAAGAGUCUCUGCCUGCAGUUUGACUGCGGAGUAAAGGUUCAGCUCGGGUUUGCUGCAGAGUUCUCCAACAUCAUGGUCAUCUACACUCGGAUACUUGAAAAGCCCAAAGAGAUUGUUUCCAGCUGUGCUCAGCUUACUGACUUCCCUGAGGAUGUGGAAAUUGAUCUGAAGAAGAGUAACCAGGAGACUCUGCUUGAAGCCGGCAGUUUGUUAUUGAUCAAGGAAGAUCUUCCUUCACCCGAGCUCCCAAGUCGCUACACACGCAUCCGAGGCCUGCAGAGACUUACGACGGAGCUCACAUUCACUGUGUGCCUUCAUUACACUUACUCCAACAUGGAUGAAGAAGUAGAGGAAAGGCAAACAGUGACAGUCGGUAAACCACUGGUCUCCAAACUCAACCUGCAUGAACCACGACGGCCCCCUGCCUGCUCUGACUCCUCAUCCUUCAGCCUCGACUCCUUCAACGUUCCUGAGUGCUCUUCCUUCACUGAGGGCUUUGCCUCUGCUGGUUCAGCCUCAAACGCGUGGUCAUAUUAUGCACAAACUGGCAGAGAAUCGUCCACCACUGACUCUCCAACUUCAUCCAGAAGUGCCAACGUACCAGAGGAGACCGACAGUCCUGAAUUAUUUGACGUCCCUCAACCUCUUGUUGCCAGCAAAAGCUUGACCCACAGCCAACAGAAUGACACAAACCACACAUUUAGUGACAUGUACAAUUUUCAUUCUCAUUAAGCAUUAUGAAACCUAUUCCCAUUACACGCUGAUAAAUCAGAAGCACACAUCAACAAAAAAAUAUGGGAAGAAAAAGCCUGUGAAAUAUCUGUUUCAGAGUCAAACUAUGUUUUUGUUGUAAGAAUUGGAUACAUUAUAAUGCACUGAAAAUAUAAUCACACUGCAGAUCAAGUUUGACAUGUGUUGUUUGUAAGA